AUCAAAUGGGGGAGGGAGUCAAUGAAGUAAGUAUGAGUCUGACUUCUUUUAGGGAUCCUCUCGUCCCACACGUAAGUGGAAGACCUGUCCCCGCUUCUCCAAACUCCCACCCCAGCAGAUAGGUAGCGAUCCUUGCUGCGGCCGCCAGAGGGCACUUGAGCGGCACAGUUUUCCGCACGGAGGUUUUUGCAUGAGACACCGCUUAGGGCGGGGCAUGCGGGCGGGCGCCAAGGUGCCGGGCCAGGCCAACUGGCCGGCGGAACGCGGCUGCGGGACUGGGGCUGUGCGGCGGCGACGGAGCGGUUUAGGGGCUGCACUGGACGAAGAUGGCGGCGGAGCGACAGGACGCGAUGAGGGAGUUCGUGACGGUGACGGGCGCCGAGGAGGACCGGGCCCGCUUCUUCCUUGAGUCGGCCGGCUGGGAUUUGCAGAUUGCCCUAGCAAGCUUUUAUGAGGAUGGAGGGGAUGAUGACAUUGUGACCAUUUCACAGGCAACCCCCAGUUCAGUGUCCAGAGGCACAGCCCCCAGCGAUAAUAGGGUGACAUCCUUCAGAGACCUCAUUCAUGACCAAGAUGAGGAUGAGGAAGAGGAGGAAGGCCAGAGGUUUUAUGCCGGAGGCUCAGAGAGAAGUGGACAGCAGAUUGUUGGCCCUCCCAGGAAGAGAAGUCCCAAUGAGCUGGUGGAUGAUCUCUUUAAAGGUGCCAAGGAACACGGAGCCGUAGCUGUGGAGCGAGUGACCAAGAGCCCUGGAGAGACCAGUAAACCAAGACCGUUUGCAGGGGGUGGCUACCGCCUUGGGGCAGCACCAGAGGAAGAGUCUGCCUAUGUGGCAGGAGAAAGGAGGCAGCAUUCCAGCCAAGAUGUUCAUGUCGUGUUGAAACUUUGGAAGACUGGAUUCAGCUUGGACAGUGGUGAACUUAGAAGCUACCAAGACCCAGCCAAUGCCCAGUUUCUGGAAUCGAUCCGCAGAGGGGAGGUACCAGCAGAGCUGAGGAGGUUAGCUCAUGGUGGGCAGGUGAACUUGGACAUGGAGGACCAUCGGGAUGAAGAUUUUGUGAAGCCCAAGGGAGCCUUCAAAGCCUUUACUGGCGAGGGUCAGAAACUGGGGAGUACUGCUCCACAGGUGUUCAGUACCAGCUCUCCCGCCCAACAGGCAGAAAAUGAAGCCAAAGCUAGCUCUUCCAUCUCUAUCGAUGAGUCACAGCCUACUACAAACAUCCAAAUACGGCUUGCUGAUGGUGGAAGGCUGGUGCAAAAAUUUAACCACAGUCACAGGAUCAGCGAUAUCCGACUCUUCAUUGUGGAUGCCCGGCCAGCCAUGGCUGCCACCAGCUUUGUCCUCAUGACCACCUUCCCAAACAAAGAGCUGGCUGAUGAGAACCAGACCCUGAAGGAAGCCAAUCUUCUCAACGCCGUCAUUGUGCAGCGGUUAACAUAACCUCCCAGCCCCAGUGGGCAUCUCACCUCUCUCCUAUGUCUCCCACAGCCAGCAGCCCUAUGGGGACUGCCCCUCCCACCCUUUCCCACAUACCCAGCAGUCCAGUGCCACGUCCUCUCCGUAGCUCUGGGUUCUUAGAUCUUGGUUGGACAUUUGUUUUAUCUUUAGUUGCGUUUCCUGGGUUUUUGUGAUGAUCAAUGGACUUUAAAGAAAAUAAAAUUAAAAAAAAAAACCAACCAAAAAAAUUGAAGGAGUAUCACCAGCAUGUUAUAUGGAACCUCUCCCAUUGAAACAGAUUCAUUUGUAUAAAAUAUUUCUCUCUGGGCAUCUGGAAAGGAACCUUCCUUCCAUGCUUUCUUCACAAAAAUUGCUUCUGGCAUACAAUACUGUCCACAUGUGUGUCUACCCACCACCACCAAGAUGACUACUGGAGAAUUUCUUCCUUUAUAAUAGAGGGAGUAGGGAGACUUACAAAAAGAGGGGCUUUGUGGCUGCUAACUCCCACAAGAACAAAUCUUGCUCAGAUAAAACCAAGUAGCGAUUCCCUCAAGUAUGGCGUCAGAUCUAGAUGCAGGCACCAUUUAAGGCAAAAUAAGCAAAACUCUUUUUGCUCCUUUCACUGAACCCCUGGGAAAUUCAAGCUUCCUGGUCCUUGGCCAAUUGAGGUUCUAAAUAACCAUACUUGCUUGCCCCAGCCCUGUCCUUAUUUAUUCUAUAUGUAGAAGGCUGAGUAUUCUAAGGUGGUAGGGAUUUUUAUUUUUCCAGUUUGGAAACAACUUGUGCCAACCCAAGUGCAUUUCAGAGUCAAGAUACGAUGAACUAAAAGAGGAGGGAAAUCAAAAUGUCACUGAACUGAUCACUAAUGAUAGGUGGCUAUUCAAAUACUGAAGAAGAGGGAGACCCCUUAUGCCCCAAGUACCUUCUACUGUGUUAGCUUUUGCAGAUUUCUGCUAAGUAAAUUUUGAGGGUGAGUCUAAUGUCAUUGCAUGGCUUUGGUGUGCAGAUUCCACUUCAGUUUUCUGUGCCCCGCUGAGUUCUGAUUCAUGAGACAAAAGCAGUAAUCCCAGUCUGGUGAAGUUCCUUCUUCCCAACAGAUGUACUCUGUGCAAGUUUGAGAGAGGAGGCUUACUGUGGUCUUCGAUAUUAGCCUUUCACCUCUCUGUUAAAUGAACCACAGACGUAGAACCAACACUAACUUAGAAUCUCCUGAUUUUGAAUCAUAAUGUGUCUCAAUACAUUUUCCAAGUAGUCGUCACCUGUCACUUUCUUUCCUGAUUGCACCUAAGUCGAGAACCAACAUCACUCCCCAAAGGUGAGGAAGGGCUUGAAGUGUCCAUCCAGACAUAUCCUGAGAAAGGGACUUGGCUUGGUGCUUCCGAUGUCAAACUAGCAGGAUUCUGGUGGCUCUGCAGUAUCUGCCACGAUGUUUCCUCCAGCGGGUGGAAGUAACUAUGGAAACUGAAAAUGGGUCUGGAAAAACCACAAAUUAUUGUCAGCUUGACUAUUAAAAACCAGAAUGAGGACAA